AUGCCUGACAUUGAAAACCAAGCUGCUGACGGUCAAGCUGAAAUUAAGCCUGAGGACGCUCCAUACAUUACAAAUGCCUACAAACCAGCCUACGCUAGAUGGGGCUUCGGUUCGGACUCUGUAAGAAACCACUUCAUCGCCAUGAGUGGUGAGUUUGUUGGAACCUUCCUCUUCUUGUGGUCUGCUUUCGUCAUUGCCCAGAUCGCCAACCAAGCUCCUGAGACCCCAGAUGGCGGUUCUAAUCCUGCCCAACUGAUUAUGAUCUCUUUUGGUUUCGGUUUCGGUGUCAUGGUCGGUGUGUUCAUUACCUACAGAGUCUCUGGUGGUAACUUGAAUCCUGCUGUGACUCUAGCUUUGGUUCUCGCCAGAGCCAUCCCCCCUUUCAGAGGUAUCCUGAUGGCUUUUACCCAGAUCGUUGCUGGUAUGGCUGCAGCCGGUGCCGCUUCUGCUAUGACCCCUGGCGAAAUUGCGUUCGCAAACGCUCUCGGUGGUGGUGCUUCCAGAACUAGAGGUCUCUUCUUGGAGGCUUUUGGUACUGCCAUCCUGUGUCUGACUGUCCUGAUGUUGGCUGUUGAAAAGCACAGAGCUACGUGGUUCGCUCCAUUUGUCAUCGGUAUCGCUUUGUUGAUCGCCCAUUUGAUCUGUAUCUACUACACUGGUGCUGGUCUUAACCCUGCCCGUUCAUUCGGUCCAGCAGUAGCUGCUAGAUCCUUCCCAAACUACCACUGGAUUUACUGGCUUGGACCUAUUUUGGGUGCCUUUUUGGCAUACUCCAUCUGGCAGAUGUGGAAAUGGUUGAACUACCAGACCACCAACCCAGGCCAAGAUUCAGAUGCUUAA